GUGCGCGGAGGGGCUGGGAGCGCGGCCUCGGCGGCACGUGGGGAACGGGGUGAAGGGCCCGCGGAGCCCGGCGCCGGGAGGGGAUGCGAGCAUGGCCAUGGCCCAGGCCGGGGCGGCGGCCGCGGCUGCCAGCGGGCUCCUCGUCUUCCUGCUCUACUCCGCCAUCCACCGCGUCGAGGAGGGACACCUGGCCGUGUACUACAGGGGUGGAGCGUUGCUGACCAGCCCGAGCGGCCCUGGCUACCACAUCAUGCUCCCGUUCAUCACCACCUUCAAAUCCGUGCAGACCACGCUGCAGACUGAUGAAGUGAAGAAUGUGCCUUGUGGGACAAGUGGUGGUGUUAUGAUCUACAUUGACCGAAUAGAAGUUGUGAAUAAGCUGGCCCCAUAUGCAGUGUACGACAUCGUGAGGAAUUACACCGCUGACUACGACAAGACCCUGAUCUUCAACAAAAUCCACCACGAGCUGAACCAGUUCUGCAGUGCCCAUACCCUGCAGGAGGUGUACAUCGAGCUGUUUGAUCAGAUAGAUGAGAACUUGAAGUUGGCCCUGCAGAAAGAUCUCAAUGUCAUGGCACCAGGUCUCACUAUCCAGGCUGUGCGUGUUACAAAACCCAAAAUUCCAGAGGCCAUCCGAAGAAACUUCGAGCUAAUGGAGGCUGAGAAGACCAAGCUGCUGAUUGCUGCCCAGAGGCAGAAGGUGGUGGAGAAGGAGGCAGAGACAGACAGGAAGAAAGCACUCAUUGAGGCAGAGAAGGCUGCACAGGUGGCCAGGAUUCACUACCAGCAGAAGAUCAUGGAGAAGGAAACGGAGAAGCGGAUUUCUGAGAUUGAAGAUGCUGCAUUCCUGGCAAGGGAGAAGGCAAAAGCUGAUGCAGAGUACUACACUGCUCGGAAGCUGGCUGACUCCAACAAGCUGAAGCUGACCCCUGAGUAUCUGGAGCUGAUGAAGUACCAGGCCAUAGCUGCCAACAGCAAGCUGUACUUCGGCGACCGCAUCCCCGGCGUGUUCCUGGAUUCCUGUGCCUUCCAGCAGGCCGGCCUGAGGACUGCCCACGAAAGCAGCCUUCCUGCCCAGGAAGCCCCAGAGAGCUCUGGAGAAAGGCCUGUCAGAGGCGAGGAGAGCACGGGCUGAGGGAGGCAGAGGGAGCCUGGUGUAGCUCAGCAGUGAGCCCGGCUGUGCCCGGGGACGAGGCCCUGGGGCGAUGCAGCACGUGCCUGGACAUCUUCUGUAUAGGUGGCACUUGGGUUGAUUUUCUUCUAGCAACAGAUUGCAAGGGCUCUGCCUCUUCUGUUUCUCCCCCUGUUAAAUUGGUGCUUCCAAAGGAGAGAUAAUCCUGUACUAACAUACCUAUACUGGAAUAUUAAAGGACAGACAUCAGGAGAGCCUCCCGGGGCAGGAAUUAUUUAGCAGGCAUUGCUCUGCAGGAAGGAGAUGUGGCUUUGAGUGCUGUGUUGCUGCACACAGGUCAUUGCUCAGCACUCCUGGCUGAGGCUGAGUGAAGAGGAGGUUCCCCUCGUCCUGCUGCUGAAGCUUUGCUUGGUGGAGGUUUCUGUUGACGCUGUCUCGCUCCCCUCAAGGACUCCAGUGGAGUGGACUCUCCUUGGCCAGCUUGUUCCUGCUCGGGGUGAGGAGUGGUUUGCUGUGGAAUAGAUUAUGGGAGUAGGAUCUGCACAGCCGUGAUAUUCCUGUAAACAACAGUGCUGGAUAACAACUUGGAGGAAGCAGCCUCUGAAGGGAUUCUGCAACCCCUCUCUCCAAGCCAAAGCCUCACACUGGCUGCCUGGGACUGACUCUGGUGUUCCCACUGCGUGGCUGAGUCUCAUUGCCUCCUAAACCAGAUUUUCAGGAGCACCUCAGAGCAGCUGUUUGGGAACAGAGCCCGUCAAGUCUUUGCUCAGAUUCCAGCCUCCCUGUAAGUCAUUCACCAGGGAAAGGGGGCUGAAUUUCCACUGCUCUGCCAUGCUGGCAAAGUGAAGGGGAAGAGAAGAGUGAAAGGACCCUGCUGUGCAGCAGAUCAGAUGUUUGACACUACAGCUGCAAAGUAGGUGAGGCAUUGCUGCUUCUCCGUGCAAAAUCCACUGCUGCAGGAAGUGGGACCUGCUUUGUGUGUCCUUGAACAGCCAUGGCAAGGAGUGUGUCCCUGGUCCUCUUGUCCCUGGCCGGGCUUGCUGGUAGAUGGAUCUGUCCUUAUUUGUGCUGUGAUA